GUGUGUUUUAUGAAGUUGUUCAGAACUUCCCUGGAGUGGAGGAGAAUGUGCGAGUGGAUUCACAUGUAAGCAGCCACAGGUGGAGAAGGCAGUCAGAGUCUCUCAAAUCAGUCGACACCAACAGAGCCAGCAUGGGGCAGGAUUCCUCUGAGCCAGGGGGUUUCACGGAUCUGCUGCUUGAAGAGGGACGUGACAACAGCACCCAGGUUGAGGAGGAUACAGAUCAUAAUUAUUAUACUUCAAGGACAUAUGGCCCGUAUGAUUCUACCAGCCGGGAUUUGUGGGUCAAUAUAGACCAAAUGGAGAAAGACAAAGUAAAGAUUCAUGGGAUCCUUUCCAAUACUCAUCGGCAAGCAGCAAGAGUGAAUUUAUCCUUCGAUUUUCCAUUUUAUGGCCAUUUUCUACGUGAAAUUACUGUGGCAACUGGGG